UUUCUUCCAUUUAUGGCGUUUUCUCCUUCAGCCAAAGAGCGUGGAGUUGCGUUACUCUCAUUGUGUACAUAUAAAUGAAGGAAUUGUAAAUACUAAGCUUCUUCAACGGCUCGACCUAAUAUCCUUGAAAUUAAGCCUUAGGGUUUAACAGAGAAGUGUAAAAGAGAAAAAACCAUUGCAGUAUUUCACUGCCGACAAUAGUAAUGAAGCGAGUCAAGCUUGAUCCUUUAGUGCCAGUGACUCGACUCAAAUUGAUUCAGGGCUUAAUGACUCUUCUUCUUGUCUACUUACUCUUCAUGAGCCUUCAAAUACCUCUCAUUUUCAAAACUGGGAAUGGGUUCGUGCCCGUCGAUCAAGCGUUACCCAUGCCCCGGCCCAGGCCCUUACUGGUUAAGAAUGAUGAAUCCGAACCAAAGUUGUUGGACAAACCACGGGUCUCUCACAGGUCGCCCGGAAGGCGAAUGCGAGAGACUAAAAGACUGUCGGCUCUGUUCUUUAAUGAGAGUAUCUUCGAUGCUGUUGGCUCUGUUGAUGAGUUCUCUUUACUCCACAAGGCAUCUAAAGAAGCUUUGAUGGCAGGGAAAAAGCUAUGGGAAGAGUUGGAGUCGGAUAAAAUUCAAGCCAACCCGAUAAUUGUCAAUAGAAAUAGCACCGACAAUCGUACUGAACAUUGCCCGACUUCUAUAACCUUAACCGGGUCGGAGUUUUCCGCCCGGAACUGGAUGUUGGAGCUCCCCUGUGGACUGACUCUGGGGUCCCACAUAACGGUGGUAGGGAGUCCGAGGUGGGCCCAUCCGGAGAAAGACCCGAAAAUAGCGUCAUUGCUGGAAGGGGAAAAUGAACUGAUGGUGUCACAGUUUUUAAUGGAGUUACAGGGACUGAAAACCGUUGAUGGCGAGGACCCGCCAAGAAUUCUCCAUUUUAAUCCGAGAUUGAAGGGUGAUUGGAGUGGGAAACCUGUGAUCGAGAUAAACACUUGCUAUAGAAUGCACUGGGGAAGAACUCCGUUGAGGUGUGAGGGUUGGAGUUCUGACACCGAUGAAGAAACUGUUGAUGGCCAGGUGAAAUGCGAGAGAUGGCUUCGGGAUGACGAUCCUUACCCUGAAGAUUCAAAAGCCACACGGUGGUUGAACAGACUUAUUGGACGAAAAAAGGAGAUUGACUACCAAUGGCCAUUCCCUUUUGUUGAGGGCAAGUUGUUUGUUCUUACUGUGAGUGCUGGCUUGGAAGGUUAUCAUAUCAGUGUUGGUGGCAGACACAUCACUUCUUUUCCAUAUCGCACUGGAUUUGUUCUUGAGGAAGCCACUGGAUUAUAUUUGAAUGGGGAUGUUGAUGUGCAUUCUAUUUUUGCUGCUUCUUUACCUUCCUCACAUCCAAGCUUUGCACCACAACACCAUCUUGAGAUGUUCAAGAAGUGGCAAGCUCCUCCUCUUCCUAAUGCCCAAGUUGAGCUCUUCAUUGGAGUCCUCUCUGCUGGCAACCAUUUUGCCGAGCGGAUGGCUCUAAGGAAAUCCUGGAUGCAGCAUAAGUUGAUAAGAACUUCAGAAGUGGUGACUCGCUUUUUCGUAGCAUUGAAUGGAAGACGGGAAACAAAUAUGGAGUUAAAGAAAGAAGCAGAUUAUUUUGGUGAUAUAGUUAUAGUUCCUUACAUGGAUAACUACGAUCUUGUUGUACUGAAGACUCUUGCUAUCUGUGAAUAUGGGAUUCAGACUGUGGCUGCAAAGAAUAUUAUGAAGUGUGAUGAUGAUACUUUUGUCAGGGUGGAGGUCAUGAUUGAGGAAAUUAAGAAAGUCCCUAGAAAUAGAAGCUUAUAUAUUGGAAACAUUAACUACUUGCACAGGGUUUUACGUAGUGGCAAAUGGGCAGUGACAUUUGAGGAAUGGCCAGAAGAAGUGUACCCACCAUAUGCAAAUGGUCCAGGUUACAUAAUCUCAUCUGACAUUGCACAAUUUAUCGUCGCGGAGUUUCAAAGUCAAAAGUUGAACUUGUUUAAGAUGGAAGAUGUAAGCAUGGGAAUGUGGGUGGAAAAGUUCAACACUUCAAAACCUGUACAAUAUGUGCAUAGCCUUAACUAUUGUCAGUCUGGAUGCAUUGAAGAUUAUUUCACUGCUCACUACCAAUCUCCAAGGCAGAUGCUAUGCCUCUGGGACAAAAUACAACAGGGAAACCCCGAGUGCUGCAACAUGAGAUAAUAAUUAUAUGAAAACAAUUCUGAGAGGAACGAGAAAGAAACUCCAAGAAACAAGUUUCAUGGUCAUCAUAAAUCUCUGUACAUAUUCAGAAGAAUUUAAGAUAUACUGGGUUCCGAUCCUCAGACUUUCCCAAUGUUGUUGGUGAUUGCACAAGUAGUAGAUCAAAGUCACACAAUAUUGCAAUCUUAAGUGGGAAAACAUCGGAGGGGAAAUAAUGGAAACCUUUCAUUUCUCCCUCUCUGUGUCUAUCAGUGGAGAAACAUAAGUGCAGAAUAGCAAUUGACAUUUCCUUAUAAUUAAUUGAUUCAUCGUAUUUUUUUCAAUUGUAUCCUUUUUUGCAUUGCUGUUGCAUUUGGUUCUUAAUUCUGUCUAAUUUCUAUAUUUUAAUUAGUUAA